AUGAAGCAAAGAGUCAGUGCUUUAGACCUGCGGUUGCUGGUGAAGGAGAUCGCCGAUGUGAUCCUGGGAACUCGGCUGCAGAAUGUGUACAAUUUGGUGACAAACAGCCGGUCGUUUCUGCUGAAAUUCAGUGUUCCUGAUGCAAAGGCCAAUUUAGUGAUCGAGAGCGGAUUCAAGGUGUAUUUGACCGAGUUCCAGCGGCCAACGACCCCAGAGCCGUCAAAUUUUGCCGCCAAGCUCAGAAAACACAUCAAGUCCAAGCGGCUGUCGAAUAUCAAGCAGGUCGGCACAGAUCGUGUGGUUGUGCUUGAGUUCGCAGAUGGCCUGUACUACCUGGUGUUGGAGUUCUUUAGCGCCGGAAACAUCAUUCUGCUCGAUGCAGACCGCAAGAUCUUGUCUGUGUUUCGAUUGGUGGACGAGCACGAGAACAACGACCGGUACGCUGUCGGAGUCACCUACACGAUGUUCGACCGGACAUUAUUCGAGGACGAGCCAAAGCGAGAGGCACGGGUUUUCACCGCAGAAGAGGUGACUGGGUGGAUCCGCGACGCUUCGGAGGGCCAGAAACCGCUCACUUUGUCGAAAUUGCUGUUUUCGAAAGCCGCAUACCUGUCGUCUGAUCUGAUCCAGAUCGAGUUGGCGAAAAAUUCGGUUGCUCCGUCGUUGAGCAGCGUCAAGCUGCUGGACGACGCUGCUGCGGUCGCAAACGUGGUGCGGGCGCUUAAUUCGUGCGAGAACCAGCUCUCUGCGCUCGACAGUGCCCCGCCAGGCUCCGUUUCUGGCUACAUCAUUGGUAAACAGAACCCGUACUACAAGCCGGAGCAGGAGGUUUCGUACGACAACCUGGAGUUUGUCUACGACGAGUUCCAUCCGUACGUUCCAGAACACAAACUCAAGGAGGACGUCAAGAUCGAGCAGGUUCGCGGCUACAACAAGACGCUGGACAAGUUCUUCAGCACGCUGGAGUCGUCAAAGAGUGUUUUGAAAGCACAGCAGCAGGAAGCCAACGCGGCCAUGCGGUUGCAGAUGGUGAAGGACGACCAGCAGCUCAAGAUAAAGAAGUUGGAGGAUCAGAAGGUGUCGAACUACCAGAAAGGAGAGCUGAUCACCGUGCACAGCUCGGCAGUGGACCAGUGCAAGCAGACGAUCCAGACUUUGUUAGACCAGCAGAUGGACUGGAAGAACAUCGAGAAGCUGGUUUCAAUGGAACAGAGAAGAAAGAACCCGAUUGCCCAGAUGAUCAAGCUUCCUUUGAACCUGGCCAAGAACGAGAUCACCGUUAUUCUUCCGCAGGACCAGUAUGACGACAGCAGCGACUCCGACAGCGAGGACGAAAACGCUCCGGCCACCGUGGACGUGACGAUCGACCUUGGAUUGACCGCGUUUGCCAACGCAACGCGGUACUUCGACGCCAUGAGAACCGCCUCGGACAAACAGACCAAGACGAAACAGAGUGCGUCGUUGGCCAUCAAAAACACAGAAAAGACAAUCAUGAAAGACAUGAAGAAGAUCCAGAAGAAGGCCCAAGAGCCGUCUGGGUUGAAACAGAUCCGGCCCAAGUUCUGGUUCGAGAAGUUCUUCUGGUUUGUUUCCGGAGACGGGCUGCUUUGUAUUGCUGGCCGUGACGAUACCCAGACGGAUCUAAUUUAUUACCGAUACUUCAACAAGGCGACCGACGUGCUGGUCUCUAACGACCUGGACGGACUUAAGGUGUUUGUGAAGAACCCGUUCAAGAACAAGGACAUCCCGCACUCCACACUGCUUCAGGCCGGAACGUUUUCGUUGUCCACGUCGAAAGCGUGGGACAACAAGAUGGUGGUGAGUCCUUGGAUGGUGACGGGAGCACAGGUGACCAAGAAAGACUUUGACUCGAGUCUUGUGCCGGCGGGGAUGUUCAACAUCAAGGGCGACAAGACGUUUCUGCCCCCGUGCCAUAUGGUGAUGGGAUUUGGGCUGUUGUGGCUGGGCGAUCAGGAGACCGCAAAGAAGUACGAGGACGCGGCCAAAGCGCGGAACGAGGACGUGGGGCUUGAGAUUGCCAGCCAGGACAGCAGUGUGGACGAGAAAGUCGCGGAGCUCACCAGUUUGCUGGAGAAAAUGGGUGUUGAGGAAGAACAGCAGGAGAGCGGCGGAGAGGCCGUGGAAGAAGUUGUCGAGGAGCCGUCAGAGCCGUCAGAGCCUGCAGAGACAGCUUCUCCGGCGGUGAACACAAAUGUGCGUGGUAAGAAGAGCAAACUCAAGAAGAUCAAGCAAAAGUACAAGGACCAGGACGAGGAAGAAAGAUUGCUCAAGAUGGAAGCUUUGGGAGUUUUGAAACAGAAAAAGGAGACAGUCUCGACAGAAACGCAACAGGAAAUCGUCAAGCCCGUGGACAAAGUGACCAGAAAGAAACAGCAGGACUCGCGUUUGCUCAGAAAGCUGAUUUCGGAGCUCGAGGACUCUGGAGAAGACGUGGAAACAAAAGCGUACUACGAGAUUGUUUCCGGUCUGAUCAGCGCUCCGAAGCCAACAGACACGAUUGCCAAUUGUAUUCUGGUCUUUGCGCCAUAUAGCGCGCUGACAAAAUACACCUACAAGGUGAAAGUGCAGCCGGGACCAUUGAAGAAAGGAAAAGCUCUUGGAGAAGCCAUGAGAGUACUACAGUCGCAAACACAGUCGCUGAAAAAGGACAAUGCUCCAUGGACAGACUCGAAGAACCUGAUGGAAAACAUCAACCAACAGGACUCGUUGCUGAACAUCACAGUUUCGAAACUAAAAUUGUCUGGAGGUGCAAACGAUAAAAGCAAUGCAAAGAAGGGCAGAAAAUAG